CCACAUUCCUCCACACGUCGCAAUUGGCUGAGGCCGCCGGCUUUUUUUUUUCUUCUUUCUUUUUUACGUUUGUGUACGUUUUUUAUGUGUGUGUGUGUGUGUGUGUGUAUGUGUGUGUGUGUGUGUGUGUGUGUGUGUGUGUAUAUGAAUGUGUCAGAGAGGAGUUAAAGUCAUUCAAAGACAUCCGCAGAUUGCCCAUGCUGCACAGGGAAUGUAUUCGCUGUCAAGAGAGAGACUGUAACCACAGCAUUGGGAGAAGUGACAGAAUAUUUCCGGGACUUUUGUCGGGCGACUCAAUCCUGGAUCUUGGAUCAACUGCGUGAUAUUGUGUCCUUUCCUGCAGGAUGACAGAAGUGGCCGGUCCCGCUUCAAUAAUGGACUCUGAGAUGAUGUUCCAACCAGAGUCAGAUCAGAUGUCUCCAGUUGAACCUAAGUCUCCGCCACUGGACCUGAUUGACACAGGGAAGGGACUGAAGGUCCAGACAGCCACGCCUCAUCUGGUGAGCCUGGGCAGCGGGAGGCUGAGUGUGGCAAUCACCCUGCUGCCACUGAAAGAAGGAGUGACCCGCAUAGGCCGAGAGGAUGCUCUAAUUCCUCAAGAUAUCACUAUCCAGGGCCCUGGCAUCGAGGCAGAGCACUGUCUUAUCAUCAAUGAAGGAGGGGUAGUGACCCUGGAUCCCUGUGGUCACCUCUGCAGUCUGGAUGGAGUACAGGUCACUGUGCCCACCCCACUCACACAGGGUUAUUCCCUGUGUCUGGGUAAGUCCUAUUUCUUCCGGUUCAACCAUCCCGAGGAGGCCAGCAGAAUGAAGAGCAUGCUUCCACCAAAGAGCCCUGUGUCCGCUUUAGCCUACAACACAGACUACCUGAAGUUUAGCAGUGACUAUAGCCAUGCGGUGGUGGGCGGCACCAGCAGUGCUAGGGGCAUGCGAUCGGCCUCCGAGCUCCGGGAUUUGAUGGACACUCUGCAGCGCAAGAAGAUUGCCCUGGAGAACAGCCUGAGAGCCAAUGGGAAUGCUAACCCCUCCUACUUCAGCGUGACACAGUCUCCACCCACCACACCUAUCACGAGUCCUGCCACAUCCUCAUCAGCCUAUCAGGAACAGGCAAGGCGUUUCUAUGGCACAGAUCGUCCGCCCAUGUCUUUGAAAUCUGCUUCCCCUCUUUCCCCGGGACGGCGAUCCGACCCUUCCUCUUCUCUGGGCUCUCGCACAUCCAUGGGUCGUAACCAGGACAACUUCGGCGUCAGUGAUAGCAGGCGGCCUCACAACCCAGGCUCCUCUACUUUACUGUCCACGUGGAACGGCGGAGGCUCUUCGAUUUCCGUUGAUGGCAGCAAUAGCCUCCACCUCUCUAUUCCUCCCUCCUCCGUCUCAUCCCGCACUCCAUCAACAGGAGGUGCGGCGAGCAUGCCCUCAAGUCCCCGUCUUGGCCGACGUAGCUAUGGCAACCAAGAGCCAUCGCCCAGCAGUCGAACCAGGAAAUACUCAGCAGGGUCGAUGACUGGGAUGAUGGGAGGAGGGCACAGUCGCUCUCUGCCACGCCUCUGCCCCUCUCCAUCUCCCCGUGACAACAACAACGGUGGACUGACCUUGUCAACGCUGCCCCCACGGCGAUCUGAUGUUGCUGGGGGUUACAAAUUCAGCAAAGACCAUUACAACAACAGCCAGAAUGCCAGCCCUGACCUCAACCACAAGUCAAGUAACUCCAGCCAGCUUUCCUCCAUCAGGAAUCAAAUCCAGUCCACAACUCAGGGAGAAGGUGUUGUGUCUAUCUCCCUCUCUACCCCUAAGUUGCCCUCCACCACCCCCGUCUCUUCCACAACUGCUCCACCUGACGUGACCAUCCCAUCCAGGGCGGGGGGCUCUUCUUCUCCUCGUGUGGCCAAAAAACUCAGCCUGACCUCCACUAGCUCUGUGGGAUCCAUCAGCUCCACAGGUUCCAGCCCUCCAGAACUAGAACGGCUGACCAGCCGUGGAGUCUCCCCAGGAGUGGAUCUGUAUUUGGGGGAGAGGCGAGGGGUAGGCCCAGAACUCACUGGUGCCCCUGGGAUGGGCCUUGGAGAGAGAAGGUCUUCCUUUGGGAAGGCAGGGCUGGAAGCUGGAAUGGGGCUGGGCGAGAGGAGGGCAUCAUUUGGAAAGGCAGGCAUGACCCCACCAGGGGGUUUCAGGGAAAGAAGGGGCAGUAUCAGCUCCCUGAGUGGGAAGGAGGAGCUGACCGACUACCACCAUCGCCAAAAAGAGGAGAGACUCCGUGAGCAGGAGGUGGAGAGACUGGAGCGACAGAGGCUAGAGACCAUCUUGUCUCUGUGUUCGGAGCUGGGCCGGGCUGAGAGAGAUGGAGGUAGCCCAACAACAAGUCCCACUUCCGCUGUGGCAGAUCUCCAAAAGAUCAACCAGGAGCUUGAGAAGCUUCAGCUGAACGACGACGAUGAUGACGACGACAUGCCAUCUGUCUUUUCGGACUCUUCAGCUGUUAAUGGACACAUGGCCUCCCCUAGAUCAGAGAAUGGCUACUAUGAUGAUGAUCUACAGGUACGACGGAGACGCAGCAGCGGUCACCGAGACAACAGGGCAGAAUCACCCACUGUCAGUCUGCGAAGCUACGCUCCCUCACCUUCUCCACGCACACAGAGGACCAAUGAGGCUCUAGAUGAUGCAGCUCGUCGCCGAGGACUGGAAAUGAGGCCCUCGGAGGAGGAAGUGAGGCGUGUGGAAGAGGAGAGGAUCCAGGUCCUGAACAACAUGGAGGAGCUGGAGCAAAAGAUCAAAGAGCUGGACAACCAAGUGGAGGAAUCUGCCCGAGAGGUGGAGGUUGAGCGAGCUCUUGUGGAGGCUGAGAUGGAGUCAGAGGUAGCUGCUCUCCAGCAGGAAAAAGAUACCCUGGAAACACUUCACAACAAGAUGGCUGACCUAGAGACCAAGUCCCAGCAGGAAAAAGAAAAGGCGUGUGAGUUGCUGCAGGCAGAAAGGGGCAGAGUAGAGAGGUUGGCUCAGAUUGUGUGUGAGCAGCGCUCCCAGCUGGACAGCUGCCCUGAGGCCACCAAGGAGCCCCUGCAGGAGCAGCUGGCCAGGGACUGCGAGGUGCUCGAGAUGGAGACGAAGCGCUUCGAGGACCUGGAGUUCCAGCAACUAGAGCGAGAGAGCAGGCAGGACGAGGAAAAGGAGACCCAUACUCAACAGCUCCUCCGGGAGAUCGCGGACUACCAGCGCAGCAGUGUCACUCGCAAGGAGCGACUGUUAACGCUGAAGAAGCAGGCAACACAGAUUACCCAGCAGGCUCAGCGAGAGAAGGAGAGCUUUUUGAAGGAGAGGAGCACCCUUGAAGCAAUGCUGCAAAGAGAGAAAGAAAACCUCACCACACUGGAAAGAAAAUAUGCUGACCUCACUGGUGGCCGGGGUUUCACCCUAAGGGAGGGCUAUGUCACAGUCAGUGAAAUCAAUGAGCUUUACUCACAGCUUGGGGGGGACCCUAAACCCGCCCCUCGCUCCACUCUGGCCAAUGCCUUUCCUGAGUCUGUGGCAAACCCCUCCCCUGACGGCGACACCCCCAAACCACCAGAGGAUGAGCUCUGUCAUUCUUCCUCCCCUGCCGACUGUCACUCAUCUUCCUCCUCUUCUUCCUCCUCCCAUCUAAAUCCCCGCCCCCUCCCCAAACCACCCUCUGUGCACUGGCCAGAGAACAUGGUGUCAUAUCGAGACCCCUCUCCCCUCCCUGACUCUCCCCCACCUCCCCUUCCUGUCAAAAAACACCAUCACCGACACAGGCAGCAUUUCCGUUUGCUGGAAGAGAGGAAGAGGUCUGAGAAAGAAGGCGGCUCCCAUCUAAGUGACACAUUACCCAGGAAGAAAACCACACCCACCAUGACCCCCCAGUUCACGUGUGCAACGCUGGGACGCAGCUACCCUAACAAGUCCCAUCAGCCCCUGGUACAAAGCACAAGUUGUGGCAGCAUUCUUCCAAGAAUCCUGUCCUUAUCCAAUAAGGAAACUGAAUCUCGACGUCUGCAUAAAGGUCAGCCCAGCUCCCGAACAGCUUCCCAGACCAAUGUCUACCUCGAUGCCUUUGGGUACCGUGACAACCAAGCGUUUGACACAAUGAGCGUGGAUAGUACCGACUCCAUCGAAACCAGCAUCUCUGCUUGCUCACCUGACAAUGUCUCCAGUGCCAGCACUUCAAAUGUGGCCAAGCUAGAGGAGAUGGAGCGUCUGCUGAGAGAAGCCCAGGCAGAGAAGAGAAGCCUCAUCGAACACAAGGAGCGAGAGAUGGACAUGCGAAAGCAGGCACUGGAGGAGGAGCGGAGGAGAAGGGAGGAUCUGGAGAAGAGGCUACAGGAGGAGACAAACAGACGCCAGAAACUCAUUGACCGCGAGGUGAAAAUGCGAGAAAAACAGAGGGCGCAGUCCCGGCCACUGACGCGGUACCUGCCUGUGAGAAAGGACGAUUUUGACCUACGGGCUCACAUCGAGUCUGCGGGCCACAGCGCAGACACAUGCUUCCACUUGUCCAUCUCGGAAAAAACCUGCCGUGGCUACUUGAUCAAAAUGGGAGGCAAAAUCAAAACUUGGAAGAAACGUUGGUUCGUCUUUGACCGCAACCGACGCACGCUCUCCUACUAUGCAGAUAAGCAUGAAGCCAAGCUGAAAGGAGUUAUCUACUUCCAAGCUAUUGAAGAAGUAUAUUAUGAUCACCUGAAGAAUGCACAUAAGAGCCCAAACCCCUCCCUGACCUUCAGUGUGAAGACUCACGACAGAGUCUACUACAUGGUUGCUCCCUCUCCUGAGGCCAUGAGGAUCUGGAUGGAUGUGAUUGUCACCGGAGCCGAGGGAUACACCCAGUUCAUGGUGUAGUGAAGGGGCACGAUGUACCAACGUGCUUCGGCUCUUUGUGGCUUAAAAGACUGUUUUCCAUCCCCUUUCUUCUCCUUGGACUUUUAAAGUGCCUGGAUGGAUGUUAUUGUCAUCUAUGCUGAAGAAUGAACAGAGUUAAGUUGUAGCAACUACAACUUAAUGAUUUUUAAACCUUUUAUCCACCUCAUUUGCAAGACGGGCAGGGUUUAAAAUCAUACGUGGAGGAUUUGUGUGAAAUUGUAGGCAGAUGCAAGAUCAUAAUUUGACAUUUUUUUAGGCAAUCUGGUUCAGUCCUAGAGAAGUAGAUCUGAAAUUUGCUGUGGUGCGCUGCUGUGCCUCGUAGUGAGUUCAGGUGCAUCUCAAAGUUUUUCUCAAGCGUAAAGGACAUUCAUGUAAAGAAAAAAAAAAAACCUUAUUGACCAUAAUUCAGCAUCUCCUUUUUAGGAUAAAAUGCUUUUUACAAAUAUUUUUUAUGUGUCGAAGACUCCAGUUUCUACCAGUUUGAGUGGCUCUAUAUGAUGUUAUUAUCAACAUCUCGAACAUCAACUAGGAAUACAUACCAGUGAAUCAGUAGUUGGGUUUAGAAAUGUGCCAUACAAAGCCUAAACCGUUUUAACAUUUCUCAUGUGACUUGUGGUCAAUUAUGCAAUGAUUUUAAUCAGUUUUAGACCAUUUCCUGUACAUAAUUAAAAAACUGCAUAUUAAUUUAGUAAAGGUAGUUAAGCAUAUGCAUUUUAAUUUUCUACUUUUUUCAUCUUGAUUUAAUUUCAUGUAUCAUUACUGUGGCAUUCUCAGGUCUUAACUGUGUGUGUGUGGGUGUGCAUGCAUGCAUCCUACGCUCACGUGUGGAUUUAUACACGUGUGCUAAAGAAGUGCCUGUUUUGUGUGCAUAUUCUAUGUACACGCCUAUUUACUGUGAGCUUCUAAUGUAGCUCCGAGGUGCUAUUCUUACAUGGUAAAUGACACUAGCAACACUCCUCGUGUAAAACCAUUAAAUUGGGGUGUAACAAUACACUCCAAAUGGAGUUUUAUAAUGGAUUACUGUUCUGGGUUUACAGUGUCACCACAGGCUCAGAAAUGAAGCUCAAACAACUGUUAAAACAGCGACUUGUUAUUUUCCAAUAGAAGGAGUUAAAUAAACACGAGGAAUAAUGACUAAAAGGCACAACGUUGUGAUAUUUGUACAUUUUGUUUCUAAGUUGUAGUUAGUUUUAAGAUAGUUACGGUCCAUUAGAAAUUUAAGAUUCCUGUUUGUGCCUUUUUUUAUCAUAUUUUGUGUGACAGUAUUUUGACAAGCCUAUUAUCUAUAUUUUUAAGAGCUGCAUGUAUCUAUAUACUAAAUGCCAAACUGCCUGUCUGUGGUGAGAAAACACACGAAUGUGCAAAAUAUGGUCCUGUGUGGUUUUGUGAGAAAGAGCCCCUGUAGGAUUAAGUUGUCUUUUAAGGUGUCCGGAGGAAAAAAAAUCUAUGGUACACACACUCCCUUAAGAGGCCUUUAGUCAUUAAAGCUGACUGAGUAUCAUGCUGCUUGGUCCACUGCAUUUUAUUGCAUUGCUUUUAUUACCACUAAUUCAAUGUUUUAGUUAAACUACCACUGAAGCUGCUUUUAUAUUGUAUAUCAUACUCCAUACUACGUCUGAAUAAUUCAGUCCACUGAUCAUCCUGCCUCUUGGUGGUUUUUUUUUUGUUUGUUUUGUUUUAAUGACCAAAGUACAUGUUUAUGUGGUAUAGUGUAUAUGUGGUUUCUUUGCUUUUACUUCUCUUUGUACAGCCAGAUAAGAUCAAAUGAUAUCUGUUGUUACAUGAUGGGCACAUGGUUGUUUUCCACCAACUAAAGGAGCUGUUACAGUGGAAGCUUCCAUGAACCCAACUUUUUUUUUAAUCAUUAAUUUUUUUAUGUUGAUCCUACUGUAUUUAUGCCAUUACCAAUGCAUGUAUCUUAAUUUUGUAUUUCCAUAUGAAUAAUAAAAAAAUAUAUUUUACCUUUA